AUGCACACGCUGCCGCCGCGCGCGUCCUGCCACUGGCUGCGCGCGCGCCGCGCGUGGGCGUCGCUGGCCACGGCCCCUGCGCCGCAGCGGUUCUCUGAGGCGCACGAUCGGCUGCGCAUUGCACUGGUGGGGCGGACGAACGUGGGCAAGAGCACGCUGUUUAACCGCCUGACGAAGACGCGGUCGGCCAUUGUCCAUAAUGUACCAGGGACUACGCGGGAUCGGCGGUACGCGCGCUCGACGGUCGCGGGCCUGGAGCUGGACAUUGUCGACACGGGCGGACUCGCAGACGCGCCGUCGGGGACGCUGGAGGAGGGUAUGCUCGAGCAGACGCGACGCGCGGUGCACGAGGCCGACCUCGUGUUUUUUUUGGUGGACGGCCGACAGGGGGUUACGCCCGUGGACAGCCACUUUGCUCGCUGGUUACGUCGAGAGAACGCACGUGCGCCGAUCCAUUUGGUGGCGAACAAGCUGGAGGGCGACGUGGAUCGAUGGGAGAACGAGCUGAACGACUGCUACCAGUUGGGCAUGGGCGGCGCGAUUCCCCUGUCGGCCGAGCACGGAGACGGGGUCCCGUUGUUGCUGGACGAGAUCAUACCGAUGUAUGCAACGUUCCAGCAGACAAUGACGGCUACGCGCGAGGCGCAAGGAAAAGACAGGAAGGACCAGGAGAAGGACGACAGUGAUCCGCGAACGAUCAAGCUGGCUAUUGUCGGUCGCCCGAACGUCGGCAAGUCGACGUUGCUGAACAAGAUUGUGCGCAGCGACCGCGUCCUGACUGGUCCUCAGCCAGGAGUGACGCGUGAUUCGGUGGAAGUGCCCUGGACGUUUCACGGACGUCCCAUUCAGCUCGUCGAUACGGCAGGUAUUCGACGAUACAGCAAGCGUGAUCACGAAGACCAGAUUGAGAACCUGUCGGUGCGCGACGCCUUCCGUGCAAUCGACUCGGCACAGGUCGUGGUCGUCGUCGUGGAUAUGAGCGAGCCCAAGCUCAUUCACAUGGACCUGACCAUUGCACAACGUGUGAUCGAAGAAGGACGUGCGCUAGUGCUCGCAGCGAACAAGAGCGACCUUGCAGGCGCUGGUGUCGAGCUAGAGAUGCAGCGUAUCCAGAACGAGUUGCAGGACUCGCUCGCACAGGUGCGGGGUGUUCCUGUCGUACCCAUCUCUGCGCUCACAGGCAGUGGAAUAAAAAAGCUCGUGCCAGAGGUGCUCAAGGCGUAUGAGAGAUGGGACCUCCGCGUGACGACUGGCCGCUUGAAUCGGUGGCUCAAAGCCAUGAGUCGGCACCACCCGCCUCCAACGGUCAAGGGCAAGACGCUGAACAUCAAGUACGCGACCCAAGUGAAGUCUCGGCCGCCCACUUUUGCGGUGUUUGUGAGCAAGCCGUCUGAAGUGCCCGAAGCGUAUCAGCGAUUCCUGCUGAGCCAACUGCGCGAGGAGUUUGACAUGGUAGGUGUGCCAGCUCGGCUGCUGCUCCGUGGCAACAAGGAGAACCCGUUCGAGAAGCGCAAAAAGUUCCAGCAGCGGACCAGCAGCGUGCUGUAUGGGAAACAGCGUCAUGCCCGCAAAGCUGCUGCUGAGUCCACGUCUGCGGCACCGGUGCAGUCGAAGAGUGGCAAGAAGUCGCCUCUGACGAGAAAGCAGAAGACUGGACACUUUGUCCCUCGUCGCUAUAAGAACAAGAAGUAA